AUGCUAGUAACAUUCUGGGUGGCGGUCUGCCUCGCCAGCAGUGCCGUUGUGGCUGUCUCUCUUGACAAACCAUACUACGACCUGGACGACGCCGAAAAUCUUUUCAAAGACUUCAUUAAGCAGCAUGGAAAAGUAUACAAUGGAAGAGAAUAUUUAGAAAGACUUGAAAUUUUCAAGGAAAGUUUAAAAGAUAUAAACUUUCGAAAUGAAAAGUAUCCUCUGACGGUGUUUGCAGUAAAUCGCUUCUCUGAUUUAACACCUGAUGAGCUGGAAUUAUACCGUGGCAUCGUGCCUUUAAGAAAUGUAACAGAAAAUAAAACUACAAUGCCUUUUCACCCUAACAUUGUGUCUAAUGAAGUACCCGCAUUUGACUGGAGAAAAGAAGGGAUUAUUUCACCCGUCAAGGACCAAGGAAAAUGUGGCUGCGGGUAUAUCUUUGCUACAGUUGCUAACGUCGAAUCCAGGUAUGCUAUGAAGCAUAGGCAGUGUCUGGCCUUCUCUGAGAGCCAGGCUCUUGACUGUUGCUCACAUAACAGAGGAUGUGAGGGAGGCAGCGGUAUGGACAUGUUGUGGGUCUUAAGAGAUUAUUAUCAACAAGAUAUGGGAUUCAUGAUGGAAAAAGAUUAUCCAUAUUACCCAGAAAAGCAGGCUUGUCAUUAUAACAAGAGCGAGGAAGUUACUAAGAUACUUCCUUGGAGCAUUCUACUGCCGGUUCAUGAUGAAGAAUACUUAAAGAUCUUUUUGGGUGCAGUGGAUGAGGCUGCUGCUAAAUUUAAGCUUGGUAAAUACGCCAAUCUAGGACCGCUAGGAUAUUGUUCCGGACUUACAGACACUGCAUCUAAAAAACACCUAUUUUUCAUUUCAGGCUUAAGUGCUGCUGAUUUCAAACAUUAUUCUGGAGGAAUACUGGAACCUGACUUGUGCACCGGCAAACCUUUAGAUCACUGCGUGCUCUUAGUAGGGUAUGGAGAAGAAAAGGGCAAAAAGUUUUGGAUACUUAAAAACUCGUGGGGAGAGGAUUGGGGCGAGAAAGGUUACGUGAGACUGGUGCGAGGAGUCAACGCAUGCGAGAUUGGCAAUACCCUUUUGAUAAUUGCUAAUAUACCUUAA